ACUUAGGAGAAAGCACGCACCGAUCGACGGUAAAGGGCAGUUACGUAAAUUACCCCGAUCGGAUGCCUCGCCCGCUCCGAAGCCGGAUCGUCGCCGGCCGGGACGCGGAACGCGAUAUCCUCACAGCCAAACAGAGCGUCGCUUACGCUUUUCUCUUUCCGGAGGGGAGCCAAAAAAAGAAAAAAAGAAAUAAAUAAAAAAUGAAAAGACGGCAGAACAGAGAAGGCCCGGGGAAUUCGAAGACGGAAAAGAAUCGGAAUUGACCUUCUACUCGUCGCAGAUCUCUCUCUCUCUCGCGCGCGCGCGCUGUCUCUCCGCGUCCGUGCGGCGGUGGGAGGUAAAGCAGACAUGGCGGACGACAAGCAAUCGACGUCGAUUCCGUUGACCGAGCACUCGAGCCACAGCAAGGGCGGCGGCGGCGGGAGCAGUUCCUCGCUGCAGGACCCCGAGGACGUCGAUAAGUCUCCCCCGAGCUCCCCGAAUUCCUCCACUCGCAAGGCUUGCUAUGCUGUCCUUCAGAGUUGGGUCUCAAAGAAGUUCAUAACUGGAUGCGUUGUUCUCUUUCCAGUUGCUGUCACAUUUUUUAUCACUUGGUGGUUUAUUCAGUUUUUUGAUGGGUUUUUCAGUCCAAUUUAUGAAAGACUUGGCAUUGACAUAUUUGGCCUUGGGUUUGUGACAUCACUUAUCUUUAUAUUCUUUGUCGGUAUAUUUGCCUCGUCAUGGAUGGGAGCCACUGUAUUCUGGCUUGGAGAGUGGUUCAUUAAGAGAAUGCCUUUCAUGAAGCACAUAUAUUCAGCUUCUAAGCAAAUUAGUGCUGCUAUAUCUCCAGACCAAAAUACAACAGCCUUCAAGGAGGUCGCAAUUAUUCGUCAUCCUCGUCUUGGGGAAUAUGCAUUUGGUUUUAUAACGUCAUCUGUUGUCCUCCAGAGAGAUGAUGGGGAUGAGGAGUUAUGCAGUGUUUACGUUCCUACCAAUCAUCUUUACAUUGGCGAUAUAUUUUUGGUGAAUUCUAAAGAGAUAAUAAGACCUAACUUGUCUAUUCGUGAAGGCAUAGAAAUUAUUGUCUCGGUUGGCAUGACAAUGCCACAAGUGAUAUCUCCAAUAGAAACAGUUACCUAUCAGAGCAACAGGAUCCCACUCGACAGAAUGAUGUGAAGGCAGAAAUGUUGCUGAUCCCGCAUUUUUCGAUCGUCUGAAGACAGAAGUAUACUUAUUCUUCAGCUGUUAAGUCUUUCUAUUUUCGAAAUCUCUAUGCUGUUAAUGAGUUGAAAGUCUGGCUUCAGUCCAGUGAUUAGAGAAGUACCUUAAGUGGUUAUGAUAUGAUACGCGUUCCUCUGGCAUUGGGGUCGAGGAAAGUGGAUCUCGUCCAUGUGGUGUCUACAAACGGUCAUGGUAGGCCACUGUCUACACUACACAUACCUCGUUUUGUUGUACCAUAGUCUUCAUUGUAAGAAAGUGAGAACUCUCUCUCUCUCUCUCAAGUAUCCAGUGGCAUCUUUAGAGAUUUAUUUCAAGGCAAUAUUCACUGUC